AUGAUAGUGGUAGCUGUAAUUUUUCACGUCCACAAAUAUUUUUCCACCAGUUCGUUCUCCCCGUUUGUUUCCCUCCCAGUCGUUCUCCCCGUUUUUUUCUCCCUGUUUGUUUCUCCUCCCCAGCCUUUUUCUCCCCUGUUUGUUUCUCCUCCCCAGCCGUUCUCCCCUGUUUGUUUCUCCCCUCCCAGCCGUUCUCCCCGUUUGUUUUCUUUCCCCAGCCGUUUCUCCCCGUUUGUUUCUCCCCUCCCCAGCCGUUCUCCCUGUUUGUUUCUUCCCUCCCCAGCCGUUCUCCCCUGUUUGUUUUUCCCCUCCCCAGCCGUUCUCCCCGUUUGUUUCUCCCCUGUCUUUUCGGCCCAUUUUCUUUUUCCCUCCCCUGUCUUUCUCCUGCAAUUUCCUACCCUCCUGUUUUUUUUUUCUCUGUUCUCUUUAUUUCCCAACCUGGCAAUAUUGACAAAAUUGCAUAAAGAUCUACGGAAUUAUACACAAAGUGUUAAAGCUUUGUGUCAUACUAACAAGGUCUUAUGUGAUACAAUGGUGGAAGUCUACGAAGACGAGUGGACUGAACAAUUGACUUUUAAGGAAAAAGUUGCGUCCUUCGAGCAUCUUUGGGAUGAUUAUGCGUCAUCAUUAAAUACAAGAGUCCAAGAUCCAAUCCAAAAGCAACUCAACAGAUUUCCAGAUUUAAGGGGCAAGAUAAACAAGAGAGGACGGAAACUUGUGGACCUUGACAACAGUCGGCAUGUGUUGGAAAAUCUCACCAAUCAAAAGAAGAAAGAUGAAACAAAAAUUACAAAGGCACAAGAAGACCUGACAGAAUCACAGAAAGUGUUUGAUGAAAUUAAUGAGAAUUUGCACAUAGACCUUCCAGAAUUUUAUGAUGAUCGGAUUAGAUUUUACUCUACCAUAUUCCAAAGUCUUUUCGCUGCCGAAAGUGUUUUCCACUCUGAAAUGGGACAGUUAUUAACCCAUUUGAUUGACGUGUGUGAAAAAUUAUCAACAAAUCACGUGGCAUUGAGAAAAAAAAGACCCAUACAAGAAAACAACCACAUCAGUUUUGAUAGCCAAGAAGCGAAUCAAAGUUCUCUGGUUGAUUCUGAUGAAAACAGCCCAACGAACAUAAGUUUCCGAAAAUCUGAAUCUGACGUUUACGAAAACGUUGCAGUUUCUGGUCAGGUUCAGACAACUCACCCUUACACUCAAGGAGAUACAGACGAACUUACAUUUGAAGCACGAGAAAUCAUCUAUGUUAUAGAGCCUGAUAAUCCCGAAGAAAUGGAUGAAGGAUGGCUGAUGGGAAUCAAACAAUCAGAUGGCGCAAAAGGUGUCUUCCCAGAAAAUUUCACAGUCAAACUUUCUGGAUAA